GCGCGAGCCGCGGCCGGCGCCGCUGCAGAGCCGAGCCGAGCGAAUCCCGAGCGCAGGCAGCAGGGCGCCGUAUCUGUGUGUGUGUGUCUCCGAGAUGCUGACGGCAGGCUGCGGCACAGCGGAGCCCCGCUAGACACCAAGAAACCCAUGGCUCUGGUUGGAUCUUUCACCAUGACCAGCCCGCAGCCUGCCCUGGAAGGAGGAAUUUCUGAAGUUGAAAUCAUCUCUCAGCAAGUGGACGAGGAGACCAAGAGCAUCGCUCCCGUGCACUUGGUGAACUUCGCCGACAGGGACUUGCCCCUGGCUGCCAUCGACCUCUCCACGGCCGGCUCGCAGCUCCUGUCGAAUCUGGACGAAGAUUACCAAAGAGAAGGGUCUAACUGGCUGAAGCCGUGCUGUGGGAAGGGCGCAGCCACGUGGCAGGUGUUGCUGCUCAGUGCGAGUCUCAACGGUUUCCUGGUGGCCUGUGUAGUACUGGUCGUGAUUCUCCUGACCCUGGAGCUUCUGAUAGAUGUGAAGCUCCUCCACUUUUCCAGCGCCUUCCAGUUCGCGGGCGUCAUUCACUGGAUCAGCCUGGUCAUCCUGUCCGUGUUCUUCUCAGAGACCGUUCUGCGGAUCGUGGUGCUCGGCAUCUGGGAUUACAUCGAGAACAAAAUCGAGGUGUUUGACGGGGCUGUGAUCAUCCUGUCCUUGGCCCCGAUGGUGGCAUCCACCGUUGCCAAUGGGCCCAGGAGCCCCUGGGACGCCAUCAGCCUCAUCAUCGUGCUCCGGGUGUGGCGGGUGAAGCGGGUCAUAGACGCCUACGUGCUGCCGGUGAAGGUGGAGAUGGAGAUGGUCAUCCAGCAGUACGAGAAGGCCAAGGUCAUCCAGGACGAGCAGCUGGAGAGACUGACGCAGAUCUGUCAGGAGCAAGGGUUUGAAAUCCGGCAGCUGCGCGCACACCUGGCGCAGCAGGACCUGGACUUGGCCGCUGAGCGCGAGGCGGCGCUGCAGGCCCCACACGUGCUCCGCCAGCCGCGCAGCCGCUACAAGGUGGUGGAGGCCGGCGCGUGGGACGAGGAGACGGCGGCCGAGAGCGUCGUGGAGGAGCUGCGGCCCUCGCCAGAAGCGGCACUGAAAGAUGACAUGAACAGCUACAUCAGUCAGUACUACAACGGGCCCAGCAGUGACAGCGGCGUCCCCGAGGCAGCUGUGUGCGUGGUCACCACGGCCGCCAUCGACAUUCACCAGCCCAACGUCUCCUCCGACCUCUUCUCAGUGGACGCGGCCCCGAAGCGGGGCGGCGACGGCACCUGCGCCAGCGCCACGUCCGAGAGCGCCUCCCGCUCUGCCCGCAGCUCCGUCACCCGGGCCCAGAGUGCCAGCAGCCAGACGCUGGGCUCCUCCACGGACUGCAGCACUGCCCGCGAUGAGCCGUCCUCGGAGCCAGGCCCCUGUCCCCUGCCGCUGCCGCCGCCGCCACCCCCACAGCAGCCAAGGGCGGUCCAGGACCUGCUGUCCUCCUUGUCGGAGGACCCCUGCCCACCCCAGAGGGCCUUGGACCUGGGCCCCCGGGCCCCGCUCAGCCCUGCGGGCUCGGCUCCCACCAGCCCUGAGCUGGGGCACAGGGUGUGUCUGUUCAACCAGAAGAACCAGGAGGCCUUCCGGGCCUUUCCCACCCAGCCAGUCAUGCCGGCCCUGCAGGACAAGUGCAGGCCUUUGGAACCCAAAGAGCAGAAGCUGCACCGGGUCCCCGAGGCCUAGGGCCCCCAGGCAGGCUGGCGGGGAGGA